AUGUCUCUCUUUGUUCUUGCCGAGACGCCUGCAGGCUAUGGCCUGUUGAAGGCGACCGACAAGAAGAUGCUCAAGAAUGCCGAUCUCGCGGCUGAGCUGGGAAAGCCUGAGCGCCUUGUUGAGAUGCUCAAGCUCAAGAAAUUUGUCAAGUUCGACAGCGCCGCCAUGGCCCUGGAAGAGGCCGCCGCCGUUAGCCAAGGCCAGAUUCCUCCUCUUCUGAGCUCUCUGCUGGAGGACCUCCAGGCUGAGAAGAAGGCUUCCCUCGCUGUUGCGGACCUGAAGCUGGGCACUGCCAUCUCCAACCUGCCUAGCCUCAACGUCACUCCGGUCGCUGGCUCCAACACAAUGGACCUUUUCCGAGCCGUUCGAGAACAUGUUUCGUCUCUUAUCCCCGGUCUCGACCAGGACGUGAUUGACCGCAUGACCCUUGGUCUUUCGCACUCAAUGUCUCGACACAAGCUCAAGUUCUCACCUGAUAAGGUUGAUUCGAUGAUCAUCCAGGCCAUCAAGAUGCUCGAUGAUAUUGACAAGGAACUCAAUGUCUACGCCAUGAGAACAAAGGAGUGGUACGGAUGGCACUUCCCCGAGAUGGCCAAGACCCUCAAUGACAACCUUGCCUACGCCCGUGUCGUUCGUGCUGUUGGCAUGCGAGACAACUUCAAGGAUGCCGACCUUUCUGAGAUCCUCCCCGAAGAUGUCGAGACUGCUUUGAAGGCAUCUGCCGAGCUCAGCAUGGGUGUCGAGAUUACUCAGGAGGAUCUGCAAAACGCUGUUGACCUCGCGGACCAGGUUAUUAAGUUUACCGAGUACCGAGCUCAGCUCACGUCUUACCUUGAAAGCCGAAUGCGCGCCAUUGCCCCCAACCUGACCGCCCUGGUCGGCUACUUGGUUGGUGCCAGACUCAUUGCCCACGCCGGUUCCGUCCUCAGCCUGGCCAAGGCCCCUGGUUCCACCAUCCAGAUUCUCGGUGCCGAGAAGGCUCUCUUCCGAGCUCUCAAGACGAAGAAGGACACCCCCAAGUACGGUAUCAUGUACCACUCUUCUCUCGUUGGCCAGGCCACUGGCAAGAACAAGGGCAAGAUUGCUCGUAUGCUGUCUGCCAAGGUCGCUCUCGGUCUCCGUGUCGAUGCUCUCGGCGACGAGGAUGAGGAGGAUGAGGAACAGCGAGCUGUCCUUGGCCUCACCAGCCGAAUCAAGCUUGAGAACCACCUUCGCCGUCUUGAAGGCAAGGCUCCUCUGCCCAAGGGCACCAACGUGACUCCUUCUGGAGAAAUUGUCGCUGCUGGACAGUUCACUCUCAAGGACACCAGCAGAUAUGGUGCCGAUGCCGACGGUGUUGUCGAUCAUGAGAUGGGUGACGCAGAUGAAGAGCCCGCCCCCAAGAGCAAGAAGUCAAAGAGCAAGAAGCCAACCAUUGAGGUUGUCGAGGAGGAUGACGUCGAUAUGGAAGACGCCCCCGAAGACUCCGAUGAUGAUGACGAGACCCCCGCCAAGUCAGUCAAGAAGCUCUCGAGCGCCGAGUAUGAGCGCCUGGCUGAGCUCUCUGGCCUCUCCGUCAAGAAGUUCAAGCGAAAGUACGAGCGCGGCGACGUCCAGCUCAACGACGACGGUACCCCCAAGGUCUUCAGCAAGAAGGAGCUGAAGAAGCUCCGCAAGGCUGAAGAGGCCGCCCCCGCUGAGGCCUCACCCGAGAAGAAGAAGAAGAGAAAGGCCGACGAGGGCGAGGCCGAGCCCAAGAAGGAGAAGAAACAGAAGAAGAAGCGUGAAUCUCUCGCCGCCUAGAACCCUUCGAAGAAGCGCCGAAUCUACUAAGAUGUUCACAUGCAUAAUAUAUGUGUGUAUAAAACACCGACUGGAGAAUCGAUCGCAAUCUUACGAAAAGAACAAAAAAAAAUCUAAAAGCAAUAUCUUCUCGGCUAUUUACGAAGCAGGUUAAAACCCCGCAUCGGCUUAGAUGGCCUUAUGAAUUACCGAUGAGGUGGUUAUGUGUAGAUAUGCGAUACCUGAGAUUCUUUAAGAGGCUUCCGGGCUAAUCUGUCACUGUUAAUAUGGCUGGCGUUGGGGGAGGGAAAUCAAAUCUUUUCUGGUACAGGCGUGGCUUGGUCUUUGUUUACUACAAACUGUUCAUUUUUUCUUCUUUUUUUUUUUAAAGCAAAGCUGUCGCCAGAGAUGGGUGGCAGGGGGGAAAGCUAUGGAGACAUGGAAGUGAGGUUUCAAGGAAUUUGUUACCGAGGUCCUCAAUUAACACCGUUCUUGAUCAACG